AUGGCCUACUUCUUCAUUGCACAAAUGAAUAACCUCAACAAAAUUCUUCUGUUCAUCAGCCUACUGGGAGCGAUAGCUGGCAUCGUGGACCAGCCCAUGCAGAACUUCCAGCGGGGUUCAGAGAUGCAGAGUUCAGCAGGCACCAAGGCCAAAGGGGUCAUCUCUGGGGUGGGGAAAGGCAUUGUGGGGGUCUUUACCAAACCGAUAGGGGGCGCUGCAGAGCUGGUCUCGCAGACGGGAUACGGUAUCCUUCAUGGGGCUGGUCUCUGGCAGCUCCCCAAACAGCUGUACCUCCCAGUAGACCAGAAGUCAGCCCUCGCGCCCAACAGUCACGUUAAAUACGUCUGGAAGAUGCUCCAGUCCCUGGGUCGUCCAGAGGUUCACAUGUCCCUGGAGGUGGUGAUCGUGUCCGGGUCGGGUCAGGAGCAUGCUGGGUGUCUGCUGCUGACAGGGGAGGUGGUGUUUGUGGUCAGUCUGUCUGAAGACACACAGCAGCAGGCCUUCCCCAUCACCGAGGUGGCCUGUCAACAAGACCCCCACCACCUGGGAGCGCUGACCCUCACGCUGCAGCAGCAGAGACUCAACGAUGUAGAGGGUGACAGUGGGAGGGAGUGGUUGUCAGAGCAGCAGUACGGUCGCCUGGUGGACUAUGUGACUCGUGCUUCUGCGUUCCUCUCCCCGUCGGCCUCGUCCCUCCAGCAGGCUCCUCCCAUCACCCCGGCCGAGCCUCCGCCCGCCGUCACCAAGACCUACCGUUACCUGGUCAGCCCCUCCCACGCCGCCGUGUUCGUCUCCAAAUUCACCAUGGUCAAGAACAAGGCGCUGCGCAUCGGCUUCCACUGACACACACACACACCUUUACAGAGACACACCUGUACACACACACACACCUUUACAGAGACCCUGACACACACUCGUACAGACACACACAC